UUUUACGUCAAAAGCGGAGCGCAGUUAUUCUUCUGUCACAAAAGCAUGUUGGGAGAACACGCCGCUGCACGCAAAGCACAGUAGGAUAUGUAGUUCUCUCGUGAAUAACGGCUUAAGGCGUCCCGUUUUAAUCGUUGCUUUUUCGAAGUCGCCGUGAUUAUUUCGGAAGUGACCGCUGUGCUGUCUGGGGCGCCGUGUCGCUACGUGCCUGAAACGGAGCGAAAGCGAUCAGGCGGCGUCGAGGGGUUUCCUUGUGGUCCUUCCCACGCCGUUAGGGUGAGAGGUCGCCGUGAGGGCGCCUGCAAGCCGAAAGCGUGCGCUAGAUUCUGGCGCCAGUUCCUGAGUGGCGAAGAGCAGACGGGUGGUUGGGCGGGCCGCUCCGCGUCGUGGAGGGAGCAACGCGCUCUGAGGUCGCCCAGCAAUGUCCUACUGCAGGCAAGAAGGAAAGGACAGGAUUAUAUUUGUGACCAAAGAGGAUCAUGAGACACCAAGCAAUGCUGAACUGGUGGCAGAUGAUCCCAAUGACCCUUAUGAGGAACAAGGUUUGAUAUUGCCCAAUGGAGAUAUCAACUGGAAUUGUCCUUGUUUGGGUGGAAUGGCUAGUGGCCCUUGUGGGGAACAAUUCAAGUCAGCUUUUUCCUGCUUCCAUUAUAGCAAGGAAGACAUAAAGGGGUCGGAUUGUGUGGACCAGUUUCGUGCAAUGCAGGAAUGCAUGCAGAAGUAUCCUGAUCUCUAUCCUCAAGAGGAAGAUGAUGAAGAUGGAGAAAAGCAGAACAAAGAUUUAGAAACUACUCCUAUAGCCAAAGUGCAGGAGGGAACUAGCUAAUGAAGCUGCACGGAGGCUAUGGUCUCCCUUCCAUUUUCAAAAGGACACAUGAACUUAUGCAAAUCACCUUUUCUUCCCCUUCACUCUUCCUUUCUCACCCACUUGCCUCAUGAUUCUUCAAGGAAUGCCCUUCAGCUCUGUUCUGUACACUGUAUUGUGAAAUUAUUCACUGAAGUGGAGGACAAAGUCAGUCCAAUGGUCUACUGAGUGAAUGCUGUAGAGGGGUUAAGUAUGCCUAUGCAUAGUGAAACCACUAAUUUAACAGAACAAAGAUUGAGUCCCGUUAUUUUCUAUUCAUCAUGCUCAUCUUGCAGCUUUUCUUGUAAAGAUCAGUAGAGACCUCCUACAGUAAAUGAGGGAAAGGGGAAGAGAAUCAGUUGCUAAGGAUAUUGGGUCAGUGUUUGAUUUCAUUAAAUUUCAGCAAUUAAUUGUUUGGGGUGUAUUCUGUACUAAAAAUGGCAUAAAAUGCUUAGGAUGAUCAGAGGCAUAUGCUGUUGAGCAUGGUUGAUGUUUUCACUUGAACAAUCUCUGCUUCAGUGCCAUGUGCAGUUUGCAUAAACGACUGAUUUCUAGUAAACGAAAGUUAUUAUUGGGAUGGGAGUCAGAUUUUUGCUUUUUUUUUUUUUAACAAUCUGUGUUGAUCAGCUCUUGAUGUGACUGAAUUGACAAGAAAAUGUUGACCACUGGGUUCCCUAAUGUUCCUGGUUUGCGGGAUUCCUUUGUCUGUCCCAUCCAGACUGAUAAAAAUAUACACCCUUGAUAGGAAAACUAUAAUGUUACCUGGAGUAACAGCCUCUGAGUAAAUACUGUGACUGAGUACACAUUAAAAAAGUAGACUGUUUCUACCUUGCACAGAA